CCAUCUUUCUGUUGAACGUGCACUCUAUGCUCCGUCUGUGGAUUUCGGUUUCACUUUUUGCAAUGUCGUCUUGAGGCUUCUAGCUUACUAGUAAGUCAUGUAAAUAAAUAAAAAUGCACAUUUUUCGUUCUUGUCAAUCAGUGCUGCGGAGUUUUCUUUGAAUCGAUAAAAGUUUGUGACCGUGCCAUCAGGACGUGCAGUGAUAUUCACUCGUGUUUCGGCUUAGUGUUUCCAACGAGUGCGAGUGAUUUGAGUUUGCUACCGUUCGACGUUAUACAUUUCGUUGAGUACAAGUAAGAUUCCCCUGCGAACGUUCGCAAUAUUGCGACUGCACACGCUCGAUCUUAUUCGCUGCAAUUUGGGAAGCGGCUUACGCAGACACGACUCAACUUAACAUGUUAAUCUCUUCUAGGUUAUAACAUAUCCGAGCAAAUGGCGGAUAAGGCUAUAAUGAAGCAAAUUGCUGAGCAAAAGCUCAAAGCUUUUUCUAUCGGCACAAUGGGUAAACGUCCAUUGAGUAAGAAGGAAUUGGAAGAACAGCGCAAGAAGGAGCAGGAACAAGCUGCGGCUCAGGCGUUUGAGGAAUUUGUGGCAACAUUUCAAGAAACACCCAGUAAAACUACCAAUAAAGUCUGGGUUAAAGCAGGAACAUAUGAUGCUGGCAAAAGACAGGAAGAUACGAGGGAAAAGGGGAAGCUUUAUAAGCCACAGUCAAAAAUUUCAGAGUUACUCGACAAUAGAUCAUCAGCUGAACAAGCUCAAGAAUAUGCACGAUUGCUUGGUUCAAAUGAAAGGAAAAUGGAUAGAUUGGGCAAAAAGAAGAAGGAAGGUGAGAAGAAGAAAAGCAACCUUGAGUUGUUCAAGGAAGAACUGAAAAUGAUACAAGAGGAACGUGAAGAGAGACAUAAGUAUAAGGGCGUGGUAAAGACUGUAAUAUCCGCACAAUCUGAAGAUCCAAUGAUGGCUGCUUUGAAAUGUGUGGAAGAUGGUUCAUUCGACAAUGGUGAUCCAAACACUACAAACUUGUAUCUGGGAAAUUUAAAUCCUAAAAUCACAGAGCAACAGCUGAUGGAGAUAUUUGGAAAGUACGGUCCACUAGCCAGUAUAAAGAUAAUGUGGCCACGCAGUGACGAGGAGAAGGCCAGACAAAGGAACUGUGGUUUCGUUGCAUUCAUGAGCCGCAAAGACGGGGAGCGGGCGCUGAAGAACCUCAAUGGUCGCGACAUAAUGCAGUAUGAGAUGAAGUUAGGCUGGGGAAAGAGUGUACCGAUUCCGCCUUACCCUAUUUAUAUUCCGCCCGCUUUGAUGGACAUCACGCAGCCACCGCCUCAGUCUGGUCUUCCGUUUAAUGCUCAACCGCAUCGUCGCGACAGACACAAGAUACCACGUAUCCGCAACAUCCAGACCGCGGACCCGCAGGAAAAGGAAAACUUUGAAAAGGUUUUGCAGAAUGCUGUUGUCAAAGUGGUUAUACCAACAGAAAGGAACUUAGUCAUGUUAAUACAUAGAAUGGUGGAAUUUGUCAUACGAGAGGGACCGAUGUUCGAAGCGAUGAUUAUGAACAGGGAACUGAAUAAUCCAAUGUUCAGAUUUCUGUUUGACAAUUAUUCCGCCGCGCACACUUAUUACCGCUGGAAACUGUAUUCCAUUUUGCAAGGAGACGGACAAAAGGAAUGGCAUACGGAAGAUUUCAGAAUGUUCAAGGGUGGGAGUGUAUGGAGACCACCACCGAUCAAUCCUUGGACACAAGGCAUGCCGGAAGAGCUCAUAGAAAUGGAGGAGAGGCAGGAGCCUAGGAGGGGUAGCCUUUCGAACAGUCAGCGAGAUCGUUUAGAAGAUUUAUUGCGAAACAUAUCACCCGAACGAAUAAAAGUUGCAGAAGCUAUGGUAUUUUGUAUAGAACAUGCAGAAGCGGCAGAGGAGAUUUGUGAUUGUAUUUCAGAGUCGCUAUCAAUACUGCAAACUCCAGUAAAUAAGAAAAUUGCAAGAUUGUACUUGAUAUCUGAUAUAUUGCACAACUGUGGUGUUAAAGUGACUAACGCCACUAUUUAUAGAAAAGCAUUUGAGACACGUCUUCUAGAUAUCUUUAACGAGGUCCACCAGGCGUACAAACAGUUUGACAGUAGACUGAAGGCGGAAGGAUUCAAAGUGCGUGUUAUGCGAAUGUUCAGAGCAUGGGAAGAUUGGGCAGUGUACCCGAGAGAUUUCUUAGUUAAAUUACAGAACACUUUCCUAGGACUUGUCUUGAUGGACGAGCCUGAGCCAGAAAAUGAUGAAGAUAUCGAUGGCGCACCAUUGUCGGAUGUUGACGGGGACGGUGCCGAAGAUCUGGACGGAGUACCACUCGACGGUGCCGCCUUGUUGAAAGGUGCUAUGAAACAUGGCCUUACGCCACAAACGACUUCAAACUAUGACGAUAUUGACGGGAUUCCCAUGGAUGAAGACAUCGACGGAGUGCCAAUGGACGACGACGACAGUACGAACGUACGAAAUAGAGAGGACGAGAAGAAAUCGUCGAUGCCGGCUGGAUUUGUUCCUUCGCGAUGGGAAACCGUCGAUCCUGACCAGGUGGAGGCACAGGCUAUGACCACCAGUAAGUGGGAAGAGUUGGGUCAGAAUGAAGAUUCUAAUUCGCAAGAUAAUAGCAUGGAUUCCAGCGGCAGAGACUAUAACGAGGAGAGGCGAAACAGAUUGCGCGAGAUCGAAGUAAAAAUUAUGCAAUACCAAGACGAGUUAGAGAGCGGCAGAAGAACGCUGAAGUCUGGCAUGACGAUACAAGGGCAAGUGGAGCACUAUAGGAAGAAACUUAUAAGAAAGAGCGAGAGAGAAAUGAAAGAUUUGAAGAGCGAGGAGCGUGACGACGAUAAGCGAAGAGAGAAGAAACGGAGCACGACGCCGGAAUCCCCUAGUCACUAUAGAGAUCGGAGACGAUCAACGAGUCCAUCAACUAAGAGCACAAGAUACAGGUCUCGCAGCAGAUCGCCGCGCUGCAAACGCAGAUCCAGGUCACCAUAUAAGAAACGUAUACCGGUUACGCCAUCGCCACCUCGCAUCAGACGUACACCAUCGCCUUCCUUCUCCUCGUGCAGAGGAUCCUCACGCAGAUCUCCCAUUAAUGAACGUUGCGACAGGAAAAGACGUAGAUCGCCUCUAUCUCUGUCGCCACCGCCUCCUCCGCGUACUUCUUCCUCGAAACAUAGAGCUUGUAGUCCACCUUCUCCUUCCCCGCGUAAACACAGACACAAGCAUAAGUACUGA